AGGCUAAAUGCCAGCAACUUUUUUUUUUCAGGAUUAGGUGAUAAAGUUAUCUGUUUUUGUUGUGGUGUAGCCAUAUUUAACUGGGCACCAUCAGCCAAUUCAUGGGAGCAACAUGCUCUAGUGUCACCCCAGUGCCUCUUCAUCCUUCAUGAAAAAGGAUCCGAAUUCAUCAGAGAAAUGGCAGCUAUUCAGGUAUGA